AUGGCUUCAGUUCAGUGCGAGGCGCGCGCGCGGGACAUGGCGGGGUUCGUCGCGGACGAGGCCGCGGCCGUGCGCGCGGCGCAGCAGCGCGCGCGCGUGGAGGCGUUUAACCGCCGGCAGAGGCGGGAGAGGGGCUACGACGACGGCGACGGCGACGACGACGGCGUCCGAAGGCGAACGCGCGCGGCGAGCGGCGAGCACGACGACGAAACGAGAUCCGGGGACGCGGCGUCCUCGCGGGAGAGAGAGGAACCCCCGCAGUGCCGCAUCUGCUUCGCGGGCGCGGAGGACGCGACGCGCGGGCGCCUGUUCUCCCCGUGCCUGUGCCGCGGCUCGAUGUCGCACGUCCACGUCGAGUGCCUCAACGCAUGGCGCGCGAUGAGCUCGAACGCGUCGUCGUCCGCGCGAUGCGAUGCGUGCCGAUACGUUUACGUCCUGAAGCGCGCGCGCUGGGCGACGAGGUUCGCGGACCCUCGGCUCGCGACGGUCGCGAGCGUCGCGUGCAUCGCGCUCGCGGUCGUCGUCUCCGGGGUCAUCGCCAGGAUCGCGUCCGCGCGAGUGGUCGCGCCCGCGUUCGCCGCGGCGGCGGCGGCGUUGAAGCGAACGGGAACGGGAACGAGAACGAGCGGCGUCGUCGCGACCCUGGAGCGAUUAGGGUCGCCGCGACCGACGCACGCGUGGCGGCCGUGGUACGCCGCGAACGGCGGCGGCUUCCCCGCGGGGUGGGUCGAAGAGCGCGCCGCGGCGGCGUCGACGCGACGCGCGCUGGAGAGGACGUCGCCGGCGCAUCUCGAGUUUCUCUUUUACCGACUCGCGAUGUGGACGCCGCCGUGGUGGAACCCGGGCGGGGCGUUCCUGGACGCGUUCACGAUUCCUCGUUGGUUUCUGCGCCGCGCGUGGAUCGCGGACGCGCUCGACGCGCUCGUGACCGGCGUCGUCCUCGUCGGCGUCGGCGGCGCCGCGUUCGACGUCGUCGGAAGAUUGAGGAGGAAUUUCCGAAGCGAGCUCGAGAGACUCGCGUUCCCGCUCGCCGCGAUGUUCGCGUCGCACGGGUCCCCGAUCUUGCGCGUCGUCGCGAUCGCGGGGUUAAUGUACGUGUACUACAUAACGCACGAAAUUGUUCGGUCACGCGCGCGGACGGUGCUCACGAAGUACGGCGAAUACAUCUCCGACGUGCGCCCGAGAGGGGCGGCGGAGAUCGAAGCCGCGCGACGCGGCGCGGACGCGGCGGUCGUCGCGGACGCGCGACGACGGUGGGGCGCGCGGUACUUCGAGGGGUGGUGA